AUGAGCCUGUUCGGCGGGGUCGGAGACUUUAAAGUCAGUAACUCCUUUGUGUUUGUAUCGCAUAUUAAAUUACAGCGCUCCCCUCCCCAUUUUACUUUUGAGUAUGUGCAAAGAGAAGCUCUCAGAGUUCCCCUUAUCUUCAGAAAUAAGGAUGGACUGGGAAUUAAAAUGCCUGACCCGGAUUUCACCGUCAGAGAUGUGAAGCUAUUAGUGGGAAGCCGACGGAUAGUGGACGUGAUGGAUGUGAACACACAGAGAGGUGUUGAAAUGAGCAUGUCUCAAUUUGUGAGAUACUAUGAAACACCAGAGGCUCAGCGUGAAAAACUCUACAAUGUCAUCAGCCUGGAGUUCAGUCACACGAAGCUGGAGAACAUUGUCAAGCGCCCCAAUGUGGUGGACUUAGUCGACUGGGUGGAUAAUAUGUGGCCACAGCAUUUAAAGGAGAGACAGACGGAUGCUACCAAUGCUAUUUCAGAGAUGAAAUACCCCAAAGUGAAAAAGCUGCUGCUGUUAUUGUUAAUGAGUUUUAGCCAACAAGAGUAUAUCCUACCCUGUGUUCAGUAA